GCGAGAGGGGAGGAGAGUGGAGGCUGGCAGCUCGCACUGGAGAUGGGCAGCGCCGGAGGACUCUGCUCCAGACCAAGGGCUUGGGGAUGUGGCUGGAAUGGCGCCCGACUCCUGUGCUUUGCCGCCAUUAGCUGGGGAGCUGCAGAAAAUACUGCUGCUGUCAUUGUGGUGAAUCAGACACCCCCUUCUAUCCGUGCAAAGGAAGGGUCAGAGUUCACCAUCGAGUGUACAUUCAACACAAGCAAUAAUUCAAUCAAGUGGUUUAUUGAAUGGAAUAAAACCAGAAACAAUGUAACAGCCAAGGUGAACAAUGUAACAGAUCGAAUCAUAUUCUCAGCAGAUACAGAAAAGAGGUCUCUUUCCCUCACUGUGAAGAAAGCCGACAUCACUGAUUCUGGAACCUACGUAUGUGGGGUUGGGAGAAAAGAUGGGACAUAUCCUGGGACUGGAACCCAAGUGACCAUUGAUGAAAUUACAGACCUGAUGGUGAAUCAAACUCCAACCAGUGUCAGUGAUUUAGAAGGCUCAGAACUUACCAUGAAUUGUACAUUCAAGACAGUCAAUAACCACAGCACCAUGUAUGUGCGAUGGUAUAACUAUGGGACCGAGGAACUAAAGCAAGAGCUGGUGAAGGAGAGCGAGGUGAUCACAACGCUGCAUUUGGCCAAUGGGUUUGCCUCUCUCACUUUGAAGAAUGUGAAUUCAUCUAAUACAGGAACCUACGUGUGUGAGGUGGGGAUCACAGCAAGGAACCUCUCUGUGUCAGGAGCUGGAACCCAGGUGACCAUCAGUAAGUGUCAGCAGCCUCAUACGUGCUUCCUACUAUGA